CCGGCCAAGGAAGCAAAAUGGGGAAGCAAAAGAAGGCUCGUUCCGUGACUGAGAGUACUAUUGCCUCCUCCUCGCGGCGGGAAAUGAUGCGUAGUAAUAGCCAGAAGAAGAAGAAAAUAAACUCAAAACCAAAAUGUCUUAAUGAGCAAGAAAUUCCCUAUCGGCUGAGGGAGAUCAUGAAGAGCCGUGAGGACUUAAAGAACCCCACAAGCAGGAAGAAAAAGAAAGCAGGAAGCAACCAGAGGCCUAGCUCAGAGGGCGACAUACCUGUGCCAAGAUUCAGGAGGCGCAAAGGGGAAUCAGAAUCUUCCUACAUGAGGCGUAUGGACCAGGAAACUCAGCGUGUCCUGUUCCUCACCCAAAACCAGCUGCAACGUGAGCCUGAGAAAGAAGAGCCAGUCCAAGAAAAGUCUCAGAAGAAAAAAGAAUUUCAGCAAAAGAAACUGGAUAAAAUCCGAAAGCAAAAAGAAGAGAGGAAAAUAGCAGUACUGGAGACAGACUUGCUUAGAGACUCAAUACAGUUUGGAGAAGUUGCUCUGCAGCCCCCAACACUUACAGCAAAGCCCAGAAAGAGUGUCGCUAGAGAGAAGGCUGGCCAGAGGCAGCUUCUGCUGAUGUCUCUCUUGGGCUCUGGCACAGCAGCCUCUACUCAUAAAGUCGUCCAUGCAUCUCUUGCUCGCCAGAGGAUUGUGCAGGAGGAGAGAGACAGGGUUGUCCAAGCCUACCGGGACCUAAAGAAACGUAAACAGCAACAACAGCUGUCAGCCCAGAGCCAACUUGCUUUGGAGAAACUAAGGAAGCCAGUCUGAGGUAACAAUUCCAGCAUUACAGAACACCCAGAACUGUUUGGGAGCAAAAGUAUCUACCAGCAACCACAGCAGCCAUCCACUUGAAAUGGCUGUUUUUUGAAUGAGUGUCAGGCCACCGGGACAAGCAGAUUUCAGGCCAAUGUGAUCUGUGGUGGGCAAGUGGUGGGCAAGUGGGUAAUAUGGGGGUUAACAGCCAUCAUUUCUGGGUGAAUGAAUUGUGUUCUGAACUGUACAGAAAGCAGCGUUCUCUGUGUUCAGCUUUGGAACGGCAUACCCAACAUGCCCAGCAUGAAGAUUGCAUCAUAACUGUUCUCUGCAGAGGAUGUCUGAGGCACAGGAACAAACACUAUCUCUUACACUGCUGUUAAUUUGCUUCAGUUUUCUAUGAGCUGUCUUGCAGUGGCCGCAAGAUUAUUAGAAAAAGAGUAAAGGAUGUGGAAUUAAUUAGCUUAGGUUGAAGGGGUUUGAUUCCUACUGUGUAGAACCCUAUUACCAGCUUCAAAAGAAAAGAAAUAUGGAUGAUUGAACUGGCUGCUCUCAUCUUC